AUGGCUGAAGAAAGCGGCUCUUUGUUUUGUGACGAAGACGAGACGUGCGAAAAAAAUACCAGUGAAUCUGACGAGGACGGUGAAGAGUACAUUUCAGCGCCUUUAGGUAAUCGUAGGAUUGCUCUGUUUCUCUCUAUACGAUGGCUCCAACCAUUUCCUUUGUCGUUUUCCCACCCGCGUUUGUCGCCUUGCUUUGUUGUUAUAUUGUACAUUUCUACCAGCCGGCUUCUUGAGAAACCUUUCUAUUGCAGUGCCAUGUACGCUUUUUUUAUUUUGAAGUUUAUUUAUUAUUGUUUUUCCUUUGCAGACAAACUUGGGCCGUGCGGACGAUGGCUUCGUCACAGACUUUUGAGUUCUAUACUGAUCGGCACCCCGCCUCUGGUCGCCCUUCAGGUAAAAUUUUUCUUUUCUUUUCAACACGCCUUAACAGACGGCGUUUUAAGCUUGUCAGGUAUUUUACUUGUCUAUUAUUUGUCUUUUCUAUUCUUCUCACCUUUAAGCUAACCUUAGCGAAAAGUAGAUUAUUGUACCGUUGCGUUUUGUCAAUACUGCAACGUAACUUGUGUUUUGAUUUGAUUAUUAGAUAGCACUUUUUAGGAUCAUUCGAUUUUGAUGAAAUCGAAUAAGCUCAAUUUACAUGUAGUUGCGCAACAAAAAUAAAGCGUGAACUUAUGACCUCAGAAGUCUUAUUAAGCUGAAGUGAUGACUAGAAAAGGUGCAAAGUACACACCGUGCAUUCUAUACUUUCACUUUCGUUGCUUAGUAGCACAAACCUGGAAUAUUCGUGGACACGUUCGCAGGCUUCUCGAUCAUUCAGUCCUGUUUAUAACAGAACAAAGAAAUGCAUAUUAAACUUGCAUGGCUAAGAUAUUUAAAUAAAAAUGUAUCAAUGGAGUUUGUUUGAAAAAAAAAAGAGAAUUAAAUUAAAGUACUGAGUUUAAUAAAAUUUUUAUGUCACCAUGCACGACACUCCACUUAAUUUUCCUGAGUAGCAUGCUUGAUAUAAUUACCAGUGAAAAACAAAUAUGCAGAAAAUAUUGCGGGUAAUUUAUUUUCCUGCCUCUUCUGUAUAAUGACCCUGUAUUGGAUUAUGCAGCUUUUACUGUCCAUGUUUCAUGAUUUAUUAUUGGUGAAAUUUUAUGGCACACCGUGGCUAUAGUGUUACAGGUUAAAUUUGAGUUCAGUUGAAACAUUUGAUUCUCAAUUUCCUUUGUCUUUUAGGGCUAGGAUUCAAAGGAAAUUUAGAAUCAAUCUACGUUUACUUUCCCAUAAAAAAGUGACAUCUUCACACGUGAAAAAUAACAUGUUAUCUCCACAUGUGGAAAGAUCAAUUUUGCUAUGCCUACAUAAUAAAUUGCACUUUUCUGGUGUUGAAAAACUGUGAAUGAGUGAAAUAUUUUGUCAACACUUGAAGGUAAAUUUUGUAUCUCCAUGUGGCCAUGUAAUAUCCUUUCUAUCUGUAAUAACAACUGUGAAAGAAUUUUUUAUGCACAACAAUCAGCAUCAAAAAAAUAAAUGCAUUUGUAGUGUACUAAAUUAGCAAAAAAUAAGAAGCUACACCAUGUAUAAUACCAAGCACUGACUCAUUGGUCCCUCAGAGGAAGAAAGGAUAAAAUAUACUUCUAUUUUUUUCUGACAAAUACUUUUUGUAUUAACAGCGGAGACGUACCCCAGUAUGGACCAAAAUAAUGAAGAUAAACAGCUUUUUUGGCACUGAAGAUUUCUAUAUACCUAUGGUUGUCUUUAUUCUUUGGUAGGUUAUAUGGGAAGAUUAACACUGUCUUGCAUUAGACAUUUUAAUAGAAUCAAACUUCAAUGACAUUGGAGUUGACCUCCGGAAUUUAAGGCAAGAUGUAGUGAUCAUGACUUUUACAAGUAUCAGACUCCAGAUUUCUACAUGAAAUUAUGCCUCAGCAUUAUUAUUAUCUUGCACAUUGAUAAAUGGUGACACAAAGUUCUGUCCACUCUCAUAAACUAAAUGCAAAGAAGAUCAUUGCAGUUAAAGACACAAUUUCUGCUUUGGGAGCUGCAUCUGUAACUUCCAUGAUCUUCUCUGGAUUUAUUUCUUCGUCCUGCAGUUCCAAUGCUACAAUGUGUAGGAUUUUCAAAUAAUACACAAAUAUUCUCACCUUUCCUUAGCCUCUUCAUACAUUGUAUAUAACUACCCCUUCUAAUUAUGAGCUCCACAAAAAAGGUCACUGAAAGAUAUAAGCCCUGGCCCUUUGUAGCAAAAUUUCUGCAUCUCAAAAACCAUGUUCCUGCAAAUGUGGCAGAAAAAAAAUUGACCUUGACCCACAUCCAUCAAAGCACCAUGGGUAAGAAAAUAUGGUAAUCUAUGUUUCCAAGAAAUUUUGGUUCUGAGAAAAUCAUCCGUACGGAGUACAUCCAUACGUAUGUCCACCCCUUCAUGUUAGUGUCUGGGAAAUGACACACUUUAAUACUAUCUGUGUAAAACUUGGUAUUGGACAUCCAUGUUGUUAUCAAUUGAAAGCUGUCAAAAAAGGGUAUCCGCUGACCAGUGUCACAUGACUGCAUUGCGGGCUCAGGUAUACAACUCAUGGAAGUGGUGUAAUUUUUUAAAGUUAUCCGCUGACCAGUUGUUUGUUUUUAAUUGAUCGCAGGCACAGGUCAGUUUUUUUAAAGGUAGAAUUCAGUGUGCUCUCUUUUUACAGCAUAGUAUAAUUAAUUGAGGAAGACAUUUCCUAAAGUAUCCUUUGAGAGCUUCACUUUUGGCCUUGGCUAAAUCUAUAUAUUACUAAUUCAAUUAUGUCUGAAUCCAUUUGCAGGAUCAUUGAUGCCAAGCUUGGUAGAUUGUUGUGCCUUUUGAUGGGUGUGGGUUUCUAUACUGCUGGGUUUAUGAAGGUAAUGAAAAAUUAAUAAUAAUAAUGAUUUUAUAAUCAGUCUUUUUUUCUCUUCCCAGAUCAAAGUUGAUGACAACUGAGCACCAAAUUUGAUACAUUUAGCAAAAUACAUUGGGACUCAAUCAGUUAGGAUCGAGUGGAUAAGUGCUGGUCUGCCUAGCAGGAGGUUGUGAGUUCAAACCCUUGCUGGACCAGUAGUCUGGUCAUCCUACCUGAUACAGGUUGGGGGGGGGGACCUUGCGUCCAAUACAUGGUACCAGUAUUUUUUAUUUUAUAAAGAAAAUACUGGUAUUAGUCAUGUAGUUUUAAUAAUAUUGCUAUUGUUUAAUAAUAAUAAUAGUAAUAAUUCUUUCUUUAUUUAUUUGAUUUUUUUAUUGUUAUUUUUUUGCAGGAUGUUUUGUGUCUUCCUCGACCACCAAAUCCACCAAUAGUUGCCUUAGAAAGUGCCGCACAGACUUGGUAAGAGUUUCAAAGUUUCAGAGUAUCAAAAGAAAUAAAAUAUUAUUUAUGGUCUUUUUUGAUUUUUCUUCAAACUAGUGGGUAAUUUGUACGAGUUUGAGUGGUGUCCAGAUUGUAAAUGUAAAUUAACAUUUAAUUUACUAUUUGUUUUUUCUCUCCUUUUACAGGGGACUUCCCAGUCACCAUGCUGUCUUAGGAGUUCUUGUUCCUUGGUAAUUAUGAUGUUUGACAAUAAUAUUAUAGCUCGAGCCUGAAUGGGCUCUGAGUGAAUAGCCCAUAAGGCCGAAUGGGCUAUUGACUCAGAGGCCAUGAGGCAUGAGGCAUUUUUGUUAUCGUUUUAGUGAAAUCCAACUAGUUGGUCAAAAACAUCGAGACAAAACAAUUUAAGCUAGCAAAACGCGAUUCAGCCACUAUUUUUUUGGUUUUCAAAGCCGGCGCUUUUCGCUUAUUGUGGGCUAUAACAUAAUUAUAGCCUAGUAGUAGCUCAACCAAUCAGAACGCAGCAUUGAUAAUAAACCACUAGUUGGAUUUUCCUAAAUAACAUUAGCUGCCUCAGGAGAUUAAACAUUUUUCACAUUUAUACACAAAUCAGGUUUUCAUCUUCACACAUUAACAGUAACGAAGUUAAUUAAAGAAGGAAGAAAACAUAGCAGUAGAAAACUGAUCAUGUAAGGCUUGAGCUCACAUCAUUUGAUUUAUAAUCCCUAUCUGUAUAUGUUGAGGUUCAAUUUAAUCCUUGGUUUAGAUUAUAUUUUCCUUUUUUGGGGGGGGGGGGGGUAGGGGUAUGGUACAUGCAAUGUACCAUAAUGAGUCUGAAACAAAGGAAAAUAACAUUAUUUUAAUCCAAGGAUAAAAUUGAACCACAACAUAAAUGUAUCUUCUACACCACCUGCAAGGGUAACUGCCAAUUUUGGUUUUACUGCAUACUGAAUGUGAUCAAUUUAACUGCUGGUUUUAGUACAGUGUUUAUUAUUUUUUUCUUUUAUGCAGGUAUAUCUGGUUUUAUUCCUAUAUUCAUUUCUCUAUGCCACAGUGGGCAUUUCCCGUGCUCUUUUUCCUUAUUGUAUACUGUAAGUACACUUUAAAUUCAGGGUUUUCUAGGAAGGCUCAAGUAUUGAUAUUGAAGCUGCUACUUUUACAUUCCCCAACUUCGUAAUUACAGCUGUGCCUUGCAUUUCGUGUACAUGUAAUGCAAAAGGAAAAAUUUGUCAUUAGAUCAAGAGACAGUCAGGUCGUUUUUCCACCAACACCUUCACUACUGUUGCAUGAGAGUGUGGAAUAAGAAACUGUGUUCACAACACCUAAUGUAUCUUAAGUAUCCCUUUGAUUCUCAAGCAUAUCUAAGAAGAACAAUGUACUAGUUGAUCAGAAGACACUUGAGUUUUAUUUAAGGCACCUUUUCAUUAGUUGCAAGACAUUACGUGUAUUUAUGUUAAUAAAAGCACUUCUCAUAGUUACCAUAUAACUAAGGGAGCAUUAAGGUGGUGGAGUGGUGGUGACCUGGGUUUGAAUCUUGAAAGUGCUGUUAUAAAUGGGUUGAGUUCAUUGUCACAAGUUCUUGCCUUUUCUCCAAGAGGUUAUUGUACAGUUAGUCCAGGUUCGCUAAUAUGCUAAAACACCUAUAAUAAAUUCCAAAUUCCAAUUCAACCAGGAGUGAUAGAAGAAUAGCCACAGUGUGGAUGUGCUAUGUCAAAAUUAUCUUCAUUAUCAUCAUCAUCAUCAUCAUCAUCAACAUCAUCAUCACUAGAACUUUAUUAUCAUAACUGGUGGACCAGUUCUGACAAGUGUUUUUUUUUCCCUUUCUCCAGGGUCUAUAUCAGUUAUGUUUAGUCGUCUGUACCUUGGAGUGCACAGUCCAGCAGAUAUUGUUGCUGGAGGGAUCAUUGGAUGCGUCAUUUUGGCUUCCUGGAUCAAAAUAGACACCAUCUUGGACAGAUUUAUCAGCUUCGGAGAUAAUGGUAUGUACAGACACUGUUUCCUUGUUACGCUUGCCAUGUCUAUAUGCAGAUACCAACAAUUAGUUCUUUAAAGGGAUUACUCUUGCUCUCUUGCUUACUUGGAGAUUAGAUUCGAAAAGAGGAGGCAAUUAAUUCUACAUGAAACAGGAUUUCAUCACUAAACAUUUUUUUCUUCUUACUUUAUUGGUAGUUGAGUAUUCUUCAGGAUCAUAUUUUGGACAAUGUGUUGCUGAAUUGAUUAGGUGUAUAUAAAUAGACAAUAAUCAAGGUCCUCAAUUAGAGAGAAAUUACAUCAUUGCAAGAGAAAAAAAUGUGAUGAACAUGGCACAUCAUUUCAAUCAUCACCUAUCCCAUACUGAAAGUUUUAUUGUUUCUACCUUUAGUUAUUCUUCAGGCCAUUGUUUAUUCCCUGUUGUUGCUGUUUCUUCAUCCUCGCCCAGAGCCUCGGACAAUGUCAUUGGUUGAAACGGUAAGUCUGUGCAGUAGAGCUGGUUUUUUGUUUGUCUCAUGUCUCACAAUAUGGUCACUUUGUUAUUGAUUGUGAAAUUUCAACUGCACAUUGCUUGUCUUCAUCAGGCGAUGCUCUUCAUUUGCUGUGUUUAGGACUAUCAGUAGCACGUACUGUGGUUGCUGGCUAGUGCCGGAUCACCAGCAAUGAUCACCUUGUUACUAACAGUCCUGCACAGCAAGCCAAUACCAUUGCCUGGUCUUAUCAUACAUCCUGUACACAAAACAUGCGCAUGCAAGCCCAAGGAUUUCAUGGUAACGAUAGUUUCUGGUACCGUGUUGUUACCGUGUUUGAAAAACAACAGAAACAAAAAACCACUCCCUAGGCUAUCAAUGUACUGCUGUAUUCAUCCUUGCUGAUCAAAAUUCCUUGCAUACAAGUUUUUCUUUCUACUUGGAACAAUGAGGAUUAAAUUGGUUCAAUAAAUUCAACUAAAGUAACACAUGAAAGUACAAUUUUCAAAUGGCUCUUUUGCCAUCCUGUAUCAUUCCCAAAGUACAUUGUGAUGUAACCUACAUUCAUGUUAAUAACUUUGGCAAUCUUUGGAAAUCUCCAGAAAUAGACAUCAACCAUUAGUGUUACUGGUUCCACAAAAAAGAGAAUUACAGUUUUUAUCAAAACUUAAAUGAUGGAGACCAUUGUUAAGACUGAUGCGUUUAACAGUGCACAAAUUUUUGCAGGAAUUUUCACUGUACAUGCCAAAAUAAAUAGGUUCCCAUGAUCUCUGCUCACAAAGCCAAAAUGUUCUCCAUGCAGAUUGAAAUCCUAGGGCUUGUGCAUUACUGUUACGUGUGCAUGUACAUGUACGUUUGUGAUUGUGAGUGUGCCAAACGUUUUAUGCAAAACAGUAAUUGUUUUGCAUAAGACAUUUUUUAACCCUUUAAGUCCCGAAUUGUAAAAAUUGUUAAUUGUAAAAUUCGUAAUUUGUUUGUAAAUUGUAAAUUGUACAAUUUGUAAUUUGUUUACCCACAGAGCACUUAGGAGUUCAUAACAACUCAUCGAAACGUGUCAUUGCGUUCCAGAUCAAAUUGAAAUUUGGAAGGGUUGGUUUUUAAGGAGAGGGGAAAACUGGAAUACCUGGAGAAAAGCCUCUUGCAGCAAGGGAGAGAACACACAUAAUGGCAUCAACGCGAGGAUUUGAACCUGGGCUGCUCUCAAGAGUGCGCCACCCUUGCUUCCCCAAGAGUGACCAACAUCAAAUUUCUCCUAACAAUAUCUAUACAUAAUUAAAAGAAAGGUUUAUGAGAAUAAACAAAUAAUCACCUAAGGGUAAAUGAUCCCUUUUGAACCAAUUCUCUCAACUAAUCCUGUAAGGAAAAUGGAGAUCAGUUUGGAGAAUUUGUAUUUGGAUAUUGGGGCUUGUAGGGUUAAGUGACAGUGUUGUUUGUUCCAGGUUGCUAUGACAGCUGUUACUGUGGGUUUUGUGAUUGGACAAGCUACAUCCACAAGACAGUCACCAAUAUACAAAGCAAUCUUGGACUUUGACACAGGUGUGCAAAGUAAAGUUGUUUAUAUUUUUACUAUGUUUUGUCGGUCUCAACAGCAAUUAGUGGGGCCCCGUCCACACAGACAGUUUCAGCCCAGACAUUCAUGUUGAUGGUACACAUCGUUAAUACCUUUUUAUAUCAAUUAUGCACCCAUUGUAAUCGUUAAUAAUAUUUUAAUCAUGUAGAUGAUGUACCUUAUUUCACCUUGAUUGGGGUUUCUACUGUCCGUCUGAUACUUGGUAAGUCAUCAAUAGUUAAUAUUAUCUUACAGUAGAUUCUACUAAUUUAUUUGGAGACUUACACUAAGUGAUCAUGACUAGUGGUCAUCCCUAUAAGGUGGACAUGACUAGUAAUGUUCAGCUUAUAGUGAGUCAAGUGAAGGGAGAACCUAAGAAAAGGAACAAACUCUAGGUGUCUGUUUAAAUUAUGUGUCUGUCUUAGAGAGGUGUCCAUUUAGAGAGAGACCAAAAAAGGUGUUGUCUUUAAUUUGUCAAUGAUGGAAGGGUUACCGGUACAGUGUUCAAUCUAGGCCACGUUUUUGCGUCAUUUACGCAGAAUAUAUUCUAUUCUGACGCAAAAUGAAAUGAUCGUGGGGUCAUACUGACGCAAAAAAAAGCAACAAACAAAAAACCCCAAAAUAAGUUUUCUCGUAUAUAAGUACUUCCAAAGCAGCAGGCAAUAAUAAAAGUAAAUUUAAAAACAAAUAUGUGUGCUGCUUACUAGCCUUAUAUGAACGCGUGAAAUCGCGAAAUGACUGGUGUUUCAGACUACGUUUGUACGAGUACUUUUUGUGUCAGGCGUUCCAAUUCCGAGAGAGACUGGACGCUACUACGACGUUCUGCAACGUUGCCGAUCGAUUCACACGAUUCAGGAAAAGCUUGGAACUUGUGUUAGUUAAAGCUGAUUAGAAAGUAUGAAGUGUAAAAAUGGUCAAACAGGCAUUUUUUGGUUUCCUUUUAUUCAUAAUUGGUCUUUUUCGGCUUUACAAUUAUUUGACUGUUUCCAGUUACUGCAAUAAGCAAAUCAAAACUGUGAAAAGCAUAAAAACUAUAAUAGGGAUAAAAAAUUCGAAAACGCUGAAACUGACUUAAAAUGCUAAAAAGUUGUAAAAAUAUACUGGUAGUGUAUAGCAUAAUAGGGAUAUUGCCAGUUUUUCGAAGUUUAUUAUUAUCAUAAUAAUUUGACCCAGACCAUUUUUGAAAUGACCCAAUUUAAAAUGUCACGUGGGACAUUUGACCCACUUUCCAUAAUUUCUAGAUCGAACACUGCGGUACUAACUAUAGCUAUUGUUUAGAAUUGGCUGAGAUAUCAUUAUGGAUCAUAGGAAAUAAUCCGAUUGACUCACCCCAUCAAUCACUUAUUAUUAUCGGAAAAAUCUCUUUAUAGAAUUUCAUCUGUUGUUCACCUUUCAAGCCAAAGGACAUGUACUGCUGUAGUACAAACGCUUUUUUGUUUUUUGACUGUUUACCACUAAGCUCAGAAACUUUUCUCUACUUUUGGGUGAUCAAAUUUCUUUCUUCUUUAAUAAUGACAUCAUCUAAAGGACAACACCGUGGUUGUCAUUAACCCUUAAGUCCCAAUAUCCACAUACAAAUUCUCCAAACUGGUCUUCAUACAUUUUUAUUAAAGAAUGAGUUAAGAGAAUUUGGUAAAAGAUAAAGGUAUUUUCUCUUUGUUGAUCAUUUUAUUAAUUCUCAUAACCUAAUCUCUUAACAAUGUAUGGAUAGUGUUAGGAGAAUAUUCAUGUUGGACACCAUUGGAACUUAAAGGGUUAAGAGACGGGAGCCAGGGAUUUCCGCCGGCUACUGUGAAUAUGACCCCCGGCUACUUUCAUAGGAAAGUAGAAGCAAAAUAGAACCAAAAGAAAUCCCUAGCUGUUUGAUUCUCCACCUCGUUGUUGUAUUUACCCUGCAACUUGAAAUCUUAGUGACAGCCCUGAACACACAAGUUUUUGAUAUGUUUAAUUGCCGCAAGAUUUUUUUUCCCUCGCUAUUUGAGUGAACAUUUUCUAUAAUCAAUUAUCACUUCACUUAAAGUUUUUGAUGGAGGAUUAAUUAUAAUCGAUGAUCGGCACACCACAAUCUACAACUGUUUGGAUAUUUUUCCUUUAAGGAUAUGCCUUGGUACUUCUGACUAGACUGCUCUGCAAGAUUGUCUUCAGAAGCUUGCUGAGUAACUUAUUCCGCAUCCUAGACAUGGAGUGUUUUGAUCGCAAGAAGGUUAAGUAUGAUCAGAGCAUACGCCUUUACAGUCCUUCUUUCAAGCUUCCCCCUGUGUUUGACAAACAGGUAUGAAUAGACUUGUGAGACUACACCUGUAUAAAUGUGUUAUGGUUCUGAAGAUGGGAGAUAUUUUUCUCUUACCCCAAAAGCAAAAUUUUUCUUUGCCAGAGUACCUCAAUCAUCUCUGUUAAAGUGUAUUUUGUCGUUUUUAUUUCUUAAAUAAUUGUGCAAAACAUUUAUCCAAAAUUUAAACUCAUCAAAAAUUGUGCAAAUCCUUUUCCUCAUCUUCAGAACACUCAAAUUUUCCUUAAAAAAUAUCUGCCCUAUAGAGAGAAGUGUGAUGUCACAUUACCAUUGUAGCACUAUUUCUGGAUGACAACAAAACCAUCAACAAUAGUGACGGCAAGGAGAAUGGCGAAAAAUAAUAUGAUUAUAUUAACAAACAACAACUUUGCAUGUGCAUCACGCUAUUUUGUCCAUUUCGUUGCUGUCGUUGCACCACUGCGUCAUGAAACUUCCUAAUUUCACAGGCGAGCCCGCUUUAUGGAGCGGGUGAACACAAAACAAAAAUUGUUGGUUUCUUUCUCUAAACUUAGAUAACAAUAGAUACGCUCCCAAAGAAAAUUUUCCAAGAUUUGCCAAAUUAAAUGAAAUAGUACAAAUAGACUUUUAAGUGACUUUAUUGGUUUGUUGUUGUCCAAAAAUUUUGCUACCAUGGCAACAUGACAUAAUGACUUCUCCUCUCUAUUGCACAGUCAAAUUGACAAGUAUUAUGUAGAGUACUUUGCAAGAAUGUAGAAUAAUAAUCAAGAUGCAUGUACAAUGUAGCAACAAAUACGAAGGAUUGUCGUUGUUGACAACUACCCAAUCAUCUUCAGAAUCUUCAUUUGUUUUGCUGUACCUUUCUUUCAGUCAAAGAUAUGUAAUACAAACUUUUUGAGUGUUUGACUGUGUACCACUCAAUUCCACAAAAAAAACAACAACAACAACAAUGACCACAUUCAGAAUUUAAAGCUAAACAAAUCUACUAACAUCAACAGCCUUUCUUUGACCCUUUACUCAUUCCUAGUUUCUGGGACAUUUCCUCAAAAGGGAGGAGCAAUUAUUUUUUGGAUGGCCAAAAUUCAAGAACUUUUUUGGGAGACACAUUUUUUAAGUUCAGAAUUGUUAAUAAUUAAGCUUAUCUAAGGACCAAAAUCAGUUGUGGGUUAAUAAUAUAAAUCAUGUCAUAUAUACUUUAAUGUUCAGUGUCUUUUGUAAGUUUGGUAUUUUGAUGCAUUGAUGGCUAGUAUUAAUUGUAGCAUCACCAGACAGAAUCAACUGAUGCUUUUCAAAGAACUAACAAGAUACAUGAACUUAGCAGAGAGCCAGUUGUUUAAACUAACUAUAACUUGGCCUGCUGCUUAUGACGCUCAGUGGGCCUUCAAAACUCUUUGUAUUGUGUUCAAUUCAGGUAGAUAAAUGGUUUUGUUAUAUAGCUGGAAAUUUCUUCCCAGCAGCAUUCACUCUCAUUGGUACUUCGAGGUCACUUGACAGCUAACAAUGAAACUGUUUCAAGCCAAAAUCUCUGAGUGGGCAGUCAGAGGGUAACAGUGUACUGUUACCCGCAAAUGUUGACUGAUGACCACCGUUGAAGCAAGUUUAAUGAAUUUCCAGCUUCAAAAUUUCCAACUAUAUAACAAAUCACUUAAAGACUGGUGCCAAGGGAAACAGUUAAUUUUCUUUCCCUUGAAUUUCGAUGUUUCCCUUGGCCUCCCCUCGGAAACAUUGAGAUUCUUGGGAGACAAAAUUCGCAGUCUCCCCUUGAGACCAGUCAUUGAUUGUUCAUUGUAGACUGGGCUGUAACCUUUUCAUGAUGCUGUGUUACAGCUAACAAUGUUUAGAGGUGAGGAUUAGCUAAAUUAAACAGAUCUUGGAAUAACAUACGUUUGAUUUUAUUUUUCCUUUUUUUCUUAAAUUUUACCAGGGGAAGAAAAAAAGAAAACCCCAGCCUGAUCCUGAUGAUGCCAGUGCAAAGUGGAACAUGGACUACCUGGUCAAUUAUGGUACCUACAUCUGUGUUGGUUGGAUGGCAAUCAGUGGGGUGCCACUUCUUUCUCAUAGUAUUGGGCUGGUAUUGUAGCCCUGUGUAGUGCCAAUGUUGGUAGUUAAACCUUAUGCAGUAUUGAGCUAAUAGUUUCAGGCUAUUAUUGUUCCCAUCAUUUUUGGGGCUCCAGUCAUUUCAGAAAUCACUUUUCUGACCAUGACAUUUUUGUUCUAUCAAAAACAAAUAUAAUAUAUGUAUAUAAACAAUGUUCCCAAAUUUUGUCUUUUGACAUGUCUCAGAAUAGUAAUUUUUCAUUAUUUUCUCAAAAUGCUCAUGCCCUGCAUUUCAUGUGCAAAACACGGGACUCUUUUUAUGUCCCUGUUUGCGUGUCUUUUUACUAUCAUUAUUCAAUCUUACACGAUUUGUUGUUUCUAAAUUUAAGGAAAUUUAAGGUCUGACGUUUUGUACCAUUAAAUCUGUGUUAAGGAAUGACUAGUAUUAUGCAAAAGUUUUAGUGAAAAGGUUGCUCGAGGGAAGCAAAAGAAAAGGCGUAGACUUGAAUUUAAUUUCACGAACGAAUUAAAAGUUUUUUAAAAAAGAACUCUUUAAUGUGAGAGUGAUGGUUUUGAAAUGUUCAAAACAGUUUUCUUGACAUUCUUUUGACCCAGUUUCAUUUAUAUAAUUUAACAAAAAAAUUACCAUAUUAUUAUUUAGUGUUGAAACUUUUUUUCAAAUUAUAGAUACAUGGUUGCAACUUAAAAUGAAUAAAAUAUCAGAAAUUUAGAAGAAAAUGCAAAAGGAUUAAAUUCUUCAUAGGAGUGUCUUUGGAAGUUAGUUUUAAACUUUAAUUCAGGGUUGCAAACUAUUGUUUUGAUUCUUCAAAUCCCGAGAGUAACUAACAUCAAUUUUUUUUAACAAUAUACAUAAAUAUCAAGAGAAAAGGUUAUGAAAAUUGAUAAAACGAUUGCAAAAGGGAAAUACUUUGAUCUUUUAACAAAUCUUCUCAACUAAUUCCUUAACGAAAUGUAUAUGGAGGUGGGCUCAAAUAGUUAAACAUCGGGACCAAGUUGUUAAAAGCUGGGUUACGAUAACCCAGGGUUAGUGCAAAAUUUUGAAUUCAGAUAUGAAAGUGGAAAAAGCAGAUUCAGAUGAGUUCUUUUUGUCUACAAUUUGAUGAUAGGAUACUCUAAAAAGAAUAGAGAAAAUUACCUGAGAAAAGGCUUUUGAAUAAAAGAAAAAGAAACCCGGGUUAAAAUUUAACCCCGGAUUAGCGGUAAUCGGCCUUCGAACAACUGGGCCCAGUAUGUUAAUCCAGUUUGCAUACAUUGGUGAAGUGUAGAUGUGAGAAAGAGUGCGUGCAGCAAUUCUGUAAUUUUAGACUUGCAUACCAAAGCAUGUGAAGAAUUUAUGCGGUAAAAACAUGACUGAAAUGAAUGGGCUUGAGAUUGAUAUUAUUUAAAAUAAAUAUUUUUUCCCGUCACCAUCACAAAAUCUUAGUUUGAUGUGAAAUGAGAGUGGAAAAAAAAUUGAAAUCUAUGACAGUAAUUAUUGUAUACCUAAUCUUUAAAAAAACAAUGUUAUGUAAGCGGAAUGAUUAUGAUUAAUUUAUACUAAUUAUUAUAAUAUUGAAAUGUUUAAUAAUUCACUGGCACAGAUCUCUUGUGGCUGGAUUGCAUAAGCCGGGCUGGCUUGCUUUACUGGGCAGGUGUCUUUUAUCCCAGUAUUACAUGAAAAGACCCCGGUAGGAGAGCCUUUCUUUCACUUCCUCGAUUUUAGCGUACUUGAGAAAGACUCUGUGUGAAUCAAUUUAGAUCUUUGUUGAGCGUGUGCUGCUUCUUGCAGUGAUACAGUCUCGUACCCACACCCAAUAGCCCUACGCUUCGUACAAAGGGCUCAGUUAUCCCCAUCCCUUUAUCAGUAAACAGAUGUUCACACACGAAAAACCAGUUUGACAAUAGAGAACAAGAUUGACUAGUUCGGGUUUCAACCACCUCAGGGGCGUGGCACAAUGCUGGCAGAGCCUCCUCUCCUCCCUAUUCAAGAAGACAAAAGGAGGCUCUGUGGAUCAAUUUAGGUUUCUGGGAAUCUGCCCCCCUACCCUUCCCCUAAGCCAACAUUAUCACUUACUUCUCACUUAGGGCAAAAUGUUGGCUUAGGGGAGGGGUAGGCGGGCAGUUUCUCAGAAAGCUAAAUUGAUCCGGCUCUGCUUGCAGGCCGACAUGAAUCGGGCUAGCCUUGAGCUGCCUUGGUUUUAGAGAGAUUGGAAGCAGUGCGCAUGAGCACUAAUUUUCCCACCGCUAUCCUUGGUUCGCCAUGUUUGCCAGGCUCAUCCGGUGAGGGUGAUAACAUGGACAAUUUCCACCUCCAAGCAUCACAAUAUCGGAUCCCAGCCUACUGGGUUGCCUCAGUUGUCUUGUAAUCACCAAGUCAAGUUUUGUUGCAUUUAACUCAAGUGCCCAGCAGAUCUCCGCUUGCAAACUGGGCCAGCCCGGCUUACGGCAUCAGGCCGUUUGUAGUAUAAGAGGUUUUAAAAUUUCAAUUUGUUGUUGCAUUUGCCUUGUCUAAGCAAGGGUUGAAGUAGGAUUUGUUGGUUACAUUGUAUUGACUAGAAUUGCCAGUUAGAUAUAUUUAAGGUUGCAACUCGAGAUUUGAUGCAGAGUCGGGGCUCAUCCUCAUUGUAAGACCCUGUAAAACUCACUUUUGACGUAAAGCAAAGGAAACAAAGAACUCAACACAAUAAAACCUAGGAAAACAAAAGGUGCAAGACAAAGAAAAGGUUCACAGGUUCUUACACCAAGGUAAACCCAGAGUCGGCCAUAGUGUUAAAUUAGGCAAGUCUUCAAGGUAUUAUCAAAAUUAAUUAUGAAUUGUUGAGUAAGUGAACAAGAAAAUUAAGUGUAAUAUUAAUAUUAUUUGUUCAUAAGUUCCAUGCGUUGUUUAUAGCUAUCCAAAUUUCAAAAUAACGCGUUAAAAGAAAUUCGCCAUCGUUUGUCGUGAAUCCUUUUGCAGGAGUUUUUCGUUUGGUGGAUAGGCGACUUUUUUGUCCCUUGUUUAAGGUCACUUAGUUAAAAAUGCUUCUCUGAUAUAAAACGCAAAAAUUCCCUCAUUUCUGUGACUUUUUCAGUGUGAAACUGUCAUGGCAGACAAAGGCAUGCCUCUGACACCUUCAGAUGUGUUUUGUUUGUUUUUUGAAUAUAGAUUUUGUUAUUCAAUGUUAUAUUAUCAUCGCCUGACAUGAUCUAUAUAUUUGUUCGUGAUAGUUUAAAUUUACCACAGUAAGACUUCAAUGUCUUUAGUAAUUUGUUAUAAAAGCAAGCUUAGUGUUAUUUAACUUUUUAUUCUAAGACCAGGGGUUCAACAGUGUCAUUUAUUUCUAUUACAGUAGUACAGGUAAAGCCCCGUGCAAACGGACGCAACAUUGUUGUAUGUGACAUGUUGCAUCCGUUUUGCAUUCCCUGUUGCAUGUUGUUGGGAGUUUUUGCGCAAAGUUUGAAACCGGUUAAACUUUUAGCUACGAGCAAACAGACGCAACAACUCCCAACAGUGUUACGUAAUGUUAGUCCCUUAUGGUUGUUGCAGGGGAGCGGGCAUGUUACUAGCCUACGCGUAGCCACACCCUCUCCCUGACAAAGGAAAAACUGAGAGAGGGAGCUCCCUCUCCGUUUUAACUUUGUCGGCGGGAGGGUGCGGCUACACUUAGGCUAGCAUGUUACAUGCGAAGCAGAAGACGGAAAGGGACGGAGGUACCAACCUUUUCCUCUUCCAUCUCGGCUAGUUCGCUCUCUCGAGUCCAGCCCAGACUGAAAAGGGACUGGUAGCAGUCUAUAAUUAUUCUAAUAUUGUUAGGGCAUGUACUUUGAUCGGAAAAUUAAGUGGCCUUUUAUGUUUAAUUUAGGUAAAUUAUAAUCGCGAAAUAUAUGUAUAUUUGUCUGUCGAUUCCAGUAAUAAAGUAUACAAAAGCCAAUAAACUAUCUCACAAAUGAGA